GCCGGCAGCGAGGGCGGCCGGGCGGGCAGUGGCCCCGGCCCGCGUCUGCGCCCCUCGCGCGCCUGGCUCGCCCGCAGCCCCAGCCCCGGCCCCGCCGCGCGCACAGCCAUGGUGGGCCGGCUGAGCCUGCAGGAUGUGCCCGAGCUUGUGGACACGAAGAAGAAGGGCGACGGCGUCCUGGACAGUCCGGACUCGGGGCUGCCUCCCAGCCCCAGCCCCAGCCACUGGGGGCCCGCGGCGGCCGGGGGCGGUGGCGGCGGGGAGCGCACGCCGGCCCCCGGGGCGUUGGAGCCCGACGCGGCGGCGACCCCCGCAGCCCCGAAUCCAGCAUCUCUCCCCAACCUCCUGGCCUUCACCUGCUCACCAAGGUUAUGCCCCCUGUCCUUUGGUGAAGGAGUGGAGUUUGACCCCUUACCACCGAUGGAAAUAAGGUACACUUCCUUGGUCAGGUACGGCUCUGAGAGGCACUUCAUCAACGAUGUCCACCUGCCCCUGGGCCUGGCAGUGGCCUCCUGCAGCCAGACGGUCACCUGUAUCCCCAACUGCACAUGGCGCAACUACAAGGCGGAGGUGCACUUCGAACCCCGCCACAAGCCCACCCGCUUCCUCAGCACCACCAUCGUCUACCCCAAGUACCCCAAGACGGUCUACACCACCACCCUGGAUUACAACUGCCGCAAGAUGCUGAGGAGGUUCCUGUCCAGCGUGGAACUCGAAGCCACGGAGUGUCUGGGCGGUGACUACCUUCCGGAGGCCUGCUGACUCGAGCAGGCUGGGUGGGUGGGGAUGGACCGGCCCUCGCUGCCCCGGUCAAGUCGGGCUGCACUGCCCUCGAGUGUCAUUCAUGCCCCAGAAAGGUCUGACGCAGACAUACCUCCAAGCCCAGCCUGGGAAAGAAAAAAACAAAACAAAACAAAAAAAGCAUCUUAUAAUAUAGAGAGAAUUGGGUUUUUGAAAAAUGUUCAAAUUGUUUUUCAAAGGAGUUUAUUUCUAGUUUACUGCCUCACAGUUUCCCCCAUCUCAAUUUAACGAGAAAAUAAAAAGCCAACUAGAACAAAAAGAAAAUGGCCACAAUUUGAAAUAGGGAGAAAGGGGAGAGGUCUCCCAUCAGUCAGUUUGAGGAAGAGCAUGGAACAAGUCUCUGGGAUGGAAAAAAUGAGUUUUAAGAAAUUUCAGCCCCGGGUGUCUUUGCUGCUGUGAAAGUGGUGCUAAUUCAGUAAGCUGUGACACCCAUAUGGGUUCAAUCUGCGGAGAGUCAAGUUCCAUCCAUUUUUUUAUUCCCAUUUCCAUUUGUAUUUCCUUUAACCAAAAGUCUUGGAAUUCUCUAAAUCUUUUUCAUGAUAUUGAAAAACCCCAAACUGCAAUAUAAGAUGCCUUUUUUAAAAAAAAAAAGACAGACAGGAAAGGUUGGCCCUGUUCUCACCUCUUCAGGAGGGUCAGCUCCCCCUGAGCCAUCACUCUCGGAUGUAAUGGCCUGCGUUCCGUUCCUUCCACCCAUUGGUUCCAAGCUCGGGAUCUGGCAAAGUGCCUUGAACCUUGGCAUCUGGGAAUGUCUCCACAGGCUUGUGUAACUAUCCUGAUAUGCAUUUUGGGGUUUCCAAAUACUUUCCUAUUUUUUCUUAAGGCAAAACAUGGCAGAGGGCCUUUUUGAGAGGAACGGCAUUUUAAAGGAAUGCUUAGGAAAAACACUUUUGGGGACUUCCUGGUGGGGGGGUGGUUUUAGUCAUGAUGGGAACCUACGGCCACACCGAGGACCUGACGCCCUCUGGGAGGAGGUGGAUGUAGCUGUUCUCGAUGCUGGGGCUUGUCAGGAUGGGUGCCCUCCCCAGCUGCUCUUAGGCCUUCAAUUGUGUCGAUACUGCAGAGGAUUUCUGUGUAGGUCUAAGGCAAAAAGCAAAGAAAUUGACCCUCCCCCCGAGGGAAGCAAAGGCGAAUUCAGAAUAGGGAAUGAUGUCACAAGUCAAACCCCAGAACCUGGAUGCUGUUGUGAUGGUACACAUUUCCUUUAAGUGUUCCUUUACUGGAAGUGACACUUGUGGCUUUGCGUGUGAAUUGAAGAAACUUUGUGAAUUCAGCUGAAUUGGCCUCAGAAGCAGGGACAGCAGCUGGGCUAGGAGGGUGUGGUGGGCCAGCUGCCUCUGGCUUCAGCCCCCUGCCCACCCUGCCUCACCCCAGCCCUAACUUCUUCCUUCUGCCAGUCUCUGUAUUUUUUGAGAGAAGAAAGUGGCAGAUGGCUUUUUCUGUUCCAAUAUUGGAAAGAACAAACUGUGGAUAUUUCCUUUGAAUGCAUCCAAAUUAUGUCAAGUGCUCAAGGGUUACAGACUAUUGUAAGCUCAGACUCCUGCUGUAUCUGUUUCUGUUCAUGGCUUCCAUCUGUCCUGAAUGCAGAAUUGAUAGCUCUCUGGUACCCUGGAGCCACAGCAGGGACUUUUAUUCCAAGGAGAGCAGGUGUGAUGAUAAUCACUCUCAUCUGAAGUCAUUGGCUGCCUCCUGAGCCAAAUUGUCUGGUGUCCGAUGUAAAAAUGUUUGGUCUUCCGUGCUCCUGACUGGCCGCAGCCCCUCAGUGGAGCCUGGUGGAGUCAGUAGUCGGCUCCGUGGUCCUGUUUGCCACAGUGACUCUCAGCAAGGACCUCUCAAGGGGGCACUCCGGGACCCCACUGCCUCCUUAGUCACUCAGAGCAACAAAUGCUUCCUACCUUUAGAAGAGCAAAUUACACAGCAUUCAUUGAUUAAACAAUGGAUUUUUUUCCUCUCUGAUUUCAUAAUCUUAUCAUUUAAGACAAUGGUAAAUGUAAUUUUUUAAUUACAUUAAGAGAAUACCCAAGGCUUAGCUCUGGCCCGGUGGGGACACUUGAAUGAGCUCAGAACAGUAUUGUGGACAGCAUGGCAGGAGAGGCAAGUGUGGGAGAACAUGGCCUUUGAACACUUUUGAGAUGUCCAUAUGAGAUUUUUCGUUUUAGGAGGAUUGGGUUAAGUUCAGGCAAAUCACUCUAGGUGUGGAGAGAAUCUGAAAUAUACCAGUAAAGUAGAAGCGAGCAAUUGCGAAUGUGAAAUGCGAAUGGGACAGCAGGUUUUAUUUUUGUUAAGUUAUUCACUGUAGUUCUUUCUAAUCCAUCCUUUUUCUUCAAACCUGCUUUGCUGAAAGUUGCAGAAAAGGAAGCAUGUGAAGACAAUGGGGCACUUCUGGUGGAUCAAGUGGCGUCAAUCAAUGGCAGAUUCACGUUGGUUUGCAAGGUGCAAGCAAUGAUUUUUAAAACUCAUUAAAACCAAACAUUCCUAAGCAUAUCUGAGAGACAGAGUUUACUUAUUAAAAAGUCUUUUUUUCUUUUCAGUCUCUUAAAUUAUGGCUUUCAUGUAAAAAGGAUUUGUAUUUUCAGAGAAAAGUUGUUUUCUUUUCAAAUCCAGAUCUUUUAAAAAGAAUGAUUACCUUUUCAUUUGACACUUUACCUGUUUCUAACCUUAGGAAAUCCACAAUGGUAUUUGACAAAAACUAUUUUUUAAAUUUAUCUGUGACAUCUUUUCCACUCCAUUUUGCUCUGUGACUCCUUCAUUUAACAAUAAAUUAUAUUAAAAAAACACAAAACUUAA